UUUUUUGUCCUGAUAAUUGUUAAUGAGUUCCAGGUACUUAUACGUCACUUAGAUGGAGUGGAGGUCACCGGAAGAUUAUCUCUUUCCAAUCAGUUCCUCACCGAAUUGCUAGACUACAGUCCACACAUUCUUUCGGCCAACACUUCAAGUGCACCGACUAGGUCAAAGCUUCUACGACUUCUCUUCAGCUUAGCUCUAUACAAUGUGAGAAUACGACGGUAUCUCUGUGGCGAACUCCAUCUAUGUGGACCUGUUUUUGAGUGCCUGAAGAUGUCGCUGAAAGAGCAACUAGGACCGCAAAAUUUAAUCGACAUUCUUCGGCUGCUACAGACAUCGUACAAGGCUUUUUCGCGACGUGUCAUCAAAUUGUUGUCGCAUGAUUCACGCAUUGUAGUCGUAUCAUCGUUGGUGUUGGUUGGGUACCUUGAAGAGAAGGUUCGAGACAUGGUCUACUGUUCACAAAAUAUUCACGAGACAUUCCAAUGUGUAUUCAAUGUUUUAAUAAUGGGUGAUAGUGAAUGCUUGAUGACACGACAUGUUGCCUCUGAUCUUCUUCGAAGGCUUGUGGUAUCGGAAACACAGACGAUAUCAUCAGUCCCGGUGAUCACUGCUACUGGCAAGGAUGUGAUGAAUUAUCCGUUUUUCAACAGGUGUAUUCAACAGACUGCGGAGCUGUUGGUAGUACUCGAUCCCAGAUUGGAAGAAACUCUCAAGGUGUACGACGUAUUGCUGGCGUUCUGUUCCCUUCCUCAACUCUGUUCGCCCGUUUGCUCAGCAGUGCUGAGUUGUCCUCCAACAGAAGCUCGUCUCACUACGCCACUCCUCGCUGUUGCUGCAACUGUUGCCAUACCCAUAGAUAACGCUGUGCUGCCAGAAAUGCCUUUGAAAGCUCUUCGGUUACUUACUUUUCUGGUGAAGGAGAAACUUGAUGUUGGUGAACACAUAGCAGAUCUCAUUGCUCCCGAGCAAGUGCUAUCUUUGGUUGACACAGCAGUGAAAACCUCGAUUGAAACAUCAAAACCGGAAAUUGUGCACCAGUGUAGACUUAUCACAGAAGGACUUCGACUAGCAGAAGUCUGCACCGCUGAUGAAGAUCUUCGAAAUGGUUUGCUGGACGUAACAACUGCAGCUUUGUGUGCACACAUAUCCGAGACACAACUUAUUACAAACCCAAUAGUAGUCUUCAUGGAGAAGCCGCCAUCUCAGCGAACGGAAAAGGCUGCAGAAUGGGGUGUUCAUGGAGUAGCAGUGGUCUUGGAGCUGCUGCGACUACUCGCUUCUCUUAAGGACUUUUCCAAGUUGCACAAAGAUCAGUACUGGAGAUCGUUAAAGGCAAGCAGAUAUCUGUCUAUCGAGCUUGGCGAUCUCAUUGCAUCUUGCUCUCAGUCUAGACAAAGUUCAUCUGACAGUGGAGUGAUCUCACCGAAUACCUCUAGCGACACGAGAUCCAGAAGUUGUGAACCGAUGGAUACAGCAGCAAUACCCGCUCUUGUGGUUUCACCUAGAAGAAGCUCGAAAGAAAGUGAACGAGUGUUAGAUGAAGUACUGCAGAGGAUAAGAGAUGGAUUCAGUGUAAAGGAUGCUAAGGUGUCGGAAGUUCUAUCUGCGUAUGAAAAAAAGAUUUUAUUAAUGGAGCGAAGGGAAAGGGAAUUGGAAUUAUUGCUGUCAGCUAAGGACCAAGCUCUAGCACAGAGUGAGAAGCUGCGCAUGCAAUUCAGAGGAACGGGAAGUAACAACAAUGAAGUAGAUAUGGCUCGUGUUCGGUCACUCGUAUCUGAUUGCGAGGCUUUGCGUGAGAAGAACGAAGCCACCACAAAGGAACUGGAAGCAAUGCGAAAGCUUUUCGAAGAGAAGAUCGCGGCGGUGCAAGCUGAGUGA